AUGAAUUUUGUUGAAGUAUUGCUAGUUUGGCUUGCGGUCCAUGCUAUAUUUCUAGGUUUUAAUAUAGAGCAUUACAACUGGAUAUUGUAAAUUUUUAUGCAGCUUAAAAACUCCUCACAAUGUAAUAGUCCCUAUCAUAUGAAUCAUUGCUCAUAUAUUUUCAGCAAUCGGCAUUACUGUUGCUUUAACCGGAAUGGAGAAUUACAGCAAUAUUCUUGAGCUUUCAAUCAUACUUAUGAUGCUACUUCAUCUUACCACAUUUUGCAUAUCAAAUAAGCUGCUUUUCCACUAUCACAGGCCAGAGUAAUUUUUACUUAGAAUGGCUCUCGUUGUCAGCAUUGGAGCUUCUGCACAAAGCUUAAUAGAAAACAUUCUCCUUGGAAUCGCGACAUCUUCUGCUGGUGGAUUUUAUUUCCCAAUGCUCUUUACUACAGCUUUUGUUCAGUUUGGCUAUGGCUAUUAUCUUUACCGCAGAGGUGAAACUAAAGCUCCUUCAGAUCCAAAAGUAGACUUCGGCAAUACAAAUCCCAACAUUUUAUCUGAAUAUAUAAAAAUUUAG